CCAUUACCCUGAAGCACCCACCCAUCUAGAUCAGUGCCACAGCCCAGCCCUGAUUUCCCUUCCACCUCAAUACAUCUGUGACCACACUCUGAGGCUGGAAGGACAGGUUGGCAAGGUCCAGAAGUACAGGCAGUGUACACUACAUGUCCCCCGCUGAGACCUUGACUCGAUUCACACUAACUGUAAAACAACCGCUGGCCCCUGUCCUGGGGUCCGGUCUCCUUUUACAGCCGCCAAUCCUUCUUCUGUCUCAUCUUCUACGUGGGCCAGAAGAAUGUUGAAGAGUAAAACGUGGCAGUUGACAGCCAUAUUAAUGCUUAUAUCUGAUUGGAGUCAGUGCAUCAAGUCACAACAAUUUACAGUGAAUCCUCCUGAGAACAUUGGGAUUGAUGACCCUGGCCACCUCGGGCCGCUCUACAUCCACUGGACGGCUCCAGCCAACCUGACCAACUUGACUGCCUGCUCCAUGAGAUACCAUCUGGAGUAUUUCAACACAUAUCAGAGCAGAUGGACUGUGAUCAGGACUGUACGGACAUGGUACCGUGCUCAGUUUGACCUGGAGAAGGAGGUCAGGGUGCGGAUCUCCACCUUACUGAAGGGAGCCUGCACCAACGGCACUGACCUCAAGAGCCCCUUCACAGAGAUGGUCCUGCCACCCAAUAACACAGGCCCAGUUGGCUCCAGGGUCCAGGGGUUUGGUUGCGUGUUUUAUCAGAAGGAGUUCAUGGAGUGCACCUGGGAGACGGGCUUGGAGGAGCCAACCCAAUCCCAGUACAGCCUGUACUUUUGGCAUCGGGAAAUGGAGCAAGCGGAAGAGUGUCCUCAGUACAUCCACUCCAAUGGGGUCAGGACUGGCUGCAAAUUCACAGAGGAAUCUCUCUCAGAAUUCAGUGAUUUCAACAUAUGCAUAAACAGAUCCUCUCCCAAGGUGGUCUUGAGGUCGGCGUUCUUCUCCCUGCAAAUUCAGAAUUAUGUGAAACCUGCAGCCAUUGAGACCGUGCAUCUGGAAGCUAGUCCAGACAGGAGGGUCCAAGUGCAGUGGGAAUUGCCCAACGAGAGGAUUCCCAGGCACUGCCUUGAGUAUGAAGUGGAAGCCAGAGAGGAGGGCGUAGGCGGGCAGCCGUUGUUGCAGAGGAACAUAACCAAUGAGAUGACGCUGACUUCCCUCUCAAUGGAUGGUGCCCGGAGGAAGUGCUUCCGGGUCAGGUCUCGGAUGCACCACUACUGUGCUGACAGAGGCUUCUGGAGUGACUGGAGCCAUUGGUCCUGUCACUCAGAUACAGAGUCAGAUGCUGUGGUGGGCUGUGCCGUGGUCAUCGGGAUCAUCAUCUCUAUGUUGAUCCUGUCUCUGUUUGGGUGGGCACUAUGGAAAAAGUGGAAAGCCAGAGAGGGGGAGAUUAUGCCUUUCGGUCCCCUGCACAAACUGAUGGAAUAUUCCAAAGGACUCUCUGCUCGCAGUCAGUUCAAUAAAAGAAGAGAGAACCAGUAGUAUAUAGCCUUUGCAAGCAUUACCUUUGAGCAGACAAAUGAUAAAGAGAUCAGAGUUAGACUGGUGUUCACACUUAUUUGAAGCACCCAGGCAAACAUGCUCAAACACACCCAUGCGCACACCCAUGCACAGACACAACAUGAGGAGGAGACAGUAAAGCUCUGUGUAAUUUCAUAUUCAAGACAGAAUUGUAUGGACUUGUAUGCUGAUAUUCAUCUCUUAUGUAUUGAUAUGUUACUCAGUAGAAUAGGACGUGUUCUUACCAAACCAUUUACGUAAUGUAAAACUCCCGGUUUUACAUGACACAGUAUAGACUUAAGAAAUGCCAUAGCUCUUUCCGGUUUGUUUACUUUCCACAUGUCUUUCAUUUAUAUCACAAAUUAUACUUACUGGAGUCGGUUUUUGUAGUUUUAGUUUGAUGCCAUUGCUUCCAGUCGAAUGUAUCUUUUAAGUGCUUUGCAUAGAAUUCCCCAGCCUGUUAAAAUUGAAUGCAUUGGAUGGUGUUGAACUAAUGUUAUGUUUAAUACAUUUUUUUGCUGCUCUAUAGCUAUAAAGAUGUGGUGUUCGGUA